GCCAGUUGCGCCGUGGCGUGCGCGUCGCUUGGACGCAUGCCAGCUAGUCGAAACGCGACUCUCUGUGAUUCAAGUCGAUCGGAGGGAGUCCUACGUGGCACGGGAUGUGGCUGCCACAGCUGCCGCUGCUGCUGCUGCUGCUGCCGUUGCUUUUGGAGCGGCCAGCGUACGCUGAGGCCAGCGGCGGUGCUGGCGGGCAGCUGCGUCGCAUCCGGCUGCAGGAUCACUGCACGGCCGGCAUUUGCACGGGCAUCGAUAUUGGACGCAACGAUUAUGUGAUCAUCUCGCCGACGGCCAUCACCAUGCAAUCGAUGCUUACCUUCAUCAAUUCGAGCAUUGCCAAAAUACCGCAUCUGAUGUUCGACACGUUUCCCGAUCUGCAGAUGCUGCGCAUGGAGAACUGCUCGCUGGAUACGUUCGAGAAGCCGCAGUUCGAGGGCGCCAGCAACCUGAUGAGCCUCUUCUUGGGCCACAAUCGGCUGAAGGAGAUACCCAAGAAUAUAUUUAUGGGCGCUGACAAUUUGGCGACGCUGCACUUAAAUCAUAAUCUGAUCCGAGCGCUGCACAAUCACAGCUUUCAUCCGCUCAAGGAGCUGAAGGAGCUAUCGCUGGCCUUCAAUCAGCUGGAGCAGCUGCCUCUGGGUGUGUUUGGGCUGUUGCGUAAAUUGUUGGACUUGAAUUUGGCGGGCAAUCGGCUGUCAGUGCUGCCACGCGGUAUUUUCGAUAAGAAUUUGAAUUUGACGCGUCUCAGCUUAGCCUCGAAUCGCUUCACGGUCUUCGAGUCGGAGCUGUUGAAGCUGCAGCCGCGUCUCUCCCUGCUGGACAUCUCGGGCAACAUAUUGAAUGAGCUCACCUUGAACUUCUCGCUGCUGGAGCAGGUGCUGGCCCACAGCUGCGACUUGCGGCGCCUCACCGUGUACGGCAUCAUCCGGGACCUGGACUUGCAUAACAAUUCCCUGCGCGAGCUGCCCCACAUUCCCUUGGCCAGCAAUGUGACCGGGCUGGACUUGUCGCUCAAUCCCCUGGGCAACUUGCCGGGCAAUCCCUUGCGUCGCUAUACAGCACUGCUGCGUCUCAAUUUGUCGGCCACCAACAUGCACGAGCUGGCCGAGGAUCUGUUCAAGAAGCAGAGCCAGCUGCAAGUGCUGGACAUCUCGGCCAACAGCCUCUACUCGCUGAAGAUCACGAUCUUCGACAGCCUGAAGGCUCUGCAGUAUUUCUACUUUCAGCAGAACAACUGGAACUGCGACUUUCUGCAGCUGCUGAUGAGCUCGUUUGUUAAGAAGCGGGAUAUUUCCUUUAUGGAGGAUAUUACGGCACCCGAGUUGGUCGACGAUUAUGUCGAUGGCAUCGCCUGUUGGUAUGAGAGCGACAAAACCUCCAAACGGUGCGACGGCAGCAACUCGGAAGCCGCAUUGGAGCUAUCCAUAGUACGGAAUGAGAUCAAGGCCUUCACCGAGCUGGUGGAGAAGAAGUUUGUGCGAGUCUAUCGCAUGUUGGAGGAAAUGAAAGCCAGGCUCUAAGGCAUGGAAUAAUGGAGUCUAUUAUAUACUAUCUACAAAUUAAUCAAGAAGACGCGCUUUUAUUCAUGGGCGUGCGCAUACAUAUAUAUUUAAUCAAUAUGCAUAUCCUAUCUAUCUAAUCGCAUUUUAAGAAAUUAUCAUAAUUGACACAAGCAAGCCACUGAGAAACAUUUGAAUAUGUUGAGAACUAACAAUAAAGCGCAGUACUCUUUGAGAGACAA